GGCCUAGGUGGCCCGGGCACCCAGGAGGCCCAGACCCUCAACCACUGACCCCUGCCAGCACAGCCAUGACAGGUGAAGAAACCCCAGAGACCCUUGCAUGUCGUCCAGAGGAGCCAGCCCCUGAGCCUGCCAAGAUGCCCAGCUCAGAGCCCACAGAAGAAGUGGCAGUGCUGGAGCCCAGCGGGGAGCACUCAAACCCUGAGCUGCAAGUGCCUGCCACUCAACCAUCUACCCCCGCAGCCCCCAUCUCCCAGGCAGCUCCUGAAGCCAACAAGCCCGCCCCUCCAAGUGAAGACAUUCCCAGUGCCCCGAUGCAGCUGGCCCUGGAGGACGUGAGUGACAACUCUGCGGCUGUGAGCUGGGAGCCCCCUGAACGGCUGGGCAGGCUGGGGAUCCAGGGCUAUGUGUUGGAGCUCUGCAGGGAGGGAGCCUCAGAGUGGGUGCCCGUGAACACCCGGCCCCUGAUGGUGACCCAGCUGACGGUGAGGAACCUGGCUCUUGGGGACAAGUUCUUUCUACGCGUGUCUGCAGUGAGCUCUGCGGGGGUUGGCCCACCCACUACACUGGACCAGCUUGUGCAUAUCCAGGCUGCCAUAGAGGCUCCAAAGAUCCGGGUCCCCCGUCAUCUCCGCCAGACCUACAUCCGCCAGGUGGGAGAGACGAUCAACCUGCAAAUCCCUUUCCAGGGGAACCCUAGGCCUCAGGCCUCUUGGACCCACGAUGGCCACGCCCUGGACAGCCAGCGGGUGAACGUUCGCACUGGGGACCAGGACUCCAUCCUCUUCAUCCGAUCAGCCCAGCGCACAGACUCCGGCUGCUAUGAGCUCAGUGUGCGGCUGGAAGGCCUGGAGGCCAAGGCCACCAUCCACAUCCUGGUGAUCGAGAAGCCCGCCCCCCCCAGCAGCAUCCGGCUCCUGGAUGUCUGGGGCUGUAAUGCUGCCCUGGAGUGGACGCCACCACAGGACACAGGCAACACAGAUCUCCUGGGCUACACGGUUCAGAAGGCCGAUAAAAAGACAGGGCAAUGGUUCAAUGUGCUGGAGCGCUACCACCCCACCACCUGCACCAUCUCCGACCUCAUCGUGGGCAACUCCUACUCCUUCCGGGUCUUCUCGGAAAACUUGUGUGGACUCAGCGCCUCGGCCGCCAGCACCAAAGAGCUCGCCCACAUCCAGAAGGCAGAUAUCAUUGCCAAACCCAAAGGGUUUGUGGAGCGAGACUUCUUGGAAGCCCCCACGUUCACCCAGCCCCUGGCUGACCAUACAUCCACCCCUGGCUAUAGCACCCAGCUUUUCUGCAGUGUCCGGGCAUCACCCAAGCCCAAGAUCAUCUGGAUGAAAAACAAGAUGGAGCUUCAGGGGGACCCCAAAUACCGCACGCUCUCGGAGCAAGGCAUCUGCACACUGGAGAUCCGGAAACCCAGCCCCUUUGACUCGGGGGUCUACACUUGUAAGGCCAUUAACAUGCUGGGGGAGGCGUCUGUGGACUGCAGGCUGGAGGUCAAAGCGUCUGCUUCACACUGAAGAGGGAAGGAAAGAGGCCGUGAGGAGAAGAGGUGCUGCUGGUGAGGAUUCAGCACCCCUGGUCUGGUCAAGUCACGAAUGCCCAGACCCCCUCCCAUUUCCAUAGCAACAGCAGAUGGCAUUGCUCUGCAUACCUGUCUCCAGCCUCCACCCACUCCCACCUGCAGGCUGGAGCCCAGUUCCCAGAAGGGGCCUGGCGUGGUCCAGGUGUCCUGAGCACCAGGGGGCCCUGGAGCAGAGUCUGGGUGGCCCUGCACGAAGCUACCGGGGGCCAGACACUCACAAAUAAAGCUGUGUGGUGUGACUGUGCAGGUGCUCUGACAGUGACGGCAGGUGGCAGAUGGGAGGCGCUGCAUCACGGCAAGGGGGCGCUCAUAUGUCACCACGAGGAAGGUGCCUACAUUGGAGGGAACUCAAAGUGUCAUGGGGGCUUUCUAGACAGACUCUUGCUUUCACAUUCAGAGGUGCAGGCAUGCCCUUCUCUGGAACUGCCGCCUCCUUGCCUGCAGCGCCCCCACAAAUCCCCCUCCCUUGCACAAAACACUGCUAGCAACCCUGGCUGCUUCUCUACUGAGCCUGUCAUCGUUGCUCUCCUCGGCGGUGGGGUGGGUUGCCACAUGUGUGCUCUCUGUGAAGAUUCAGUCUUUUAUUAGUCAUGUGACCCUUCCUAGCAGCCAGGGCACCCCCACCUCCGAGGGGGGAGGCCCUUGAAUCAAAAGCCCUGGAAUUCUUCACACUGAGAAUGCCAUCGCCCUCCCAACAAGGGGCUCUGGGCUUGGCUGGGCCUAUGCCCUUCCCCACCUGCCCCAAGAGCCUAAACUCUAGAACAGAACUCCUGAAGCCCCCUCAAAAGUGCUAAAUGCCAUGUCACUUAAACACCAGCAAGAACUUCCUGCCCACAUUCUCAAGAGGGCCUACAUUCUGGUCCUCCUCCUCCAGUGCCCACGUGAAGCCCACUGUCCCUCAUGCAGCCCUCCCUGUGUGGCCCAGGAGCAGCAGUGAUGGAGUCACCUAGGAGGGCCCUGACCUGUCACAGGGGAUGGAUGGAGCUGGCGGCCCAGGGGACAGGUAGUUCCAGUCCAGACUCCUCCUUGGCUCAGUGCUGCCACCUGCUGACUGUUUAAACCCACAUCUACCACUCCACACACAUAUGGGAGACAGGGGCAUACCGGGACCCCCAGGGUUCAAGAAUUGGUGGGAAAUAAAGCUAGUGUUGGAAAUGUU